AUGAGCUCGCCAUCACUACCGUCGCUGUCAUCUCUACAGCCGGUACCACGCCCGCAAGGGUUCGUCACCGCAAGGUCUGUUCUUGCCGACCUCGAACCACAGGAAUUCCACCAUACCGAGUCUCUAGACGUGACUGCCGCUCCCGAGAAGCCUAAGAGAGGGCGACCCAAAAAAGCGGCUGAUGCAGAUGAUGCUCUCAUCAAACCGAGGCCUCGCAAGAGGGCGACGACGACGACCACCACCGAUGCUGGCCUCGAUGCUGGCGACGUAGACAAGCCUCCUUCAAAGCCGACAACGCGUAAGAGACAGGCCGCCACAACCAGCGAGCAGGAAGGAGCAAUAGACGCGCCUCCUGCUCCCAAAAGAGGUCGUUCAAAGAAGGCAGUCGCGAUUGAGGAUGAUACAGCUGCCCAAGAUACUACCAAGGUCGCCAAACCUGCAGCGAAACGAACAAGGAAGAAGUCUGUCGAAACUGCGGAUGUCCUGUACCAUGAUGCUGCUGCUGCUGCUGCUGAGAAGCCAAAGCCGCCACCCAAACCUCGCAAGACAAAGGUCCAGGCGAAGACCAAACCAGUCGCCAUUGAUCCGACCGCGGCCUCAGAAGUAACCAAGGUCGACAUCUCAGAGGCAGUUGACCCCGGUGUGAAGCCUGUUCUCCAUGUUGAAGCUCCAAUUGAGCUACUUGAACUGGAUCCCGCCCCAAUUCGUAGACGAGAUUGGACGACGCCAACAGAAUCAGCCCUUCCUCCUUCCUUUCAGCAGAGCAGCGAUAGUUCGCCCAUUUCCGAAACUCCUGCCACACAUGUCCCUGCCGACGUUGAGGAUGCUGGUGAUGCUCCCGCAGCACUGGACUUUACCAAACUGAUGGGUGACUUUGCCUACCGACAAGACGAUACCAGGCCUCUUCCAGCUCUCUCUCGAACUCCGAGCGAUGGUCCUACCACCAAGCGAAAACGUCUGGAUCCUGUCGAUGUGUCUGCGGCUGCUGAAGAGCCGAAGAAGCGAAAGAGGAAAGCUGCAGAGCCAAAGGAACCAAAGCAGCCAAAGGAACCCAAGAAGCCAGAAGAGCCGAAGGAACCAAAGCCUAAACCGCCUAAGAAGCCAAAAGCGCCCAAGAAGAAACCGCUCACCAUCACUGCCCUCGCUACUGCUGCAUACCUCCCACAACCUGCCGCCACCGACGAGGAUCAGACAAGGCUCAUCUCGGACUUUUUCCCACAACCACAGACUGCUGCUGUAGAUCUGCCUGAGAUUGACUCUGCCCCUGUCAAGCCAACAGGAACAACGACGGGUGGUCUCGCUGAGAACAAGCCAGCUCCAAAGCGUAAAAGAGCCCUCAAGAAAGUCCAAAUAAGUGUGCCCGAGAUUCACAUCAAGCUAGACUCUCCAGAAGCCGCUCGUGAGAAUGCUAGGAAACAACAGUGGCUGUUCGGAAGCUCAAGCCAACUGGCUGCUGCAGAAUCUCCCACCGAGCUUCGCGACCUACAGCAGGCACUAAAGGAGUCUGAAGACAUGAUAUCCUCACAGCAAAUUGACAACUCACGUGCCGCAAGUUGUGCUCAUGUGCCGUCUGCUCCGCACGGGACCAGUCUAUCUAUCGGACAGGCCGACAGAGUCUUGUGGAUGUCCGCUGCUAGGGACUUUGAGGACUCUACUUUUGCUUCUGACGAGAGCCGCGAUAAUGACGACGCUGGUCUACCAGACUAUGUGCUUCCACAAACACAGCACCCAUCCAGCACUGCAAAAUCUGCUCCCGAGUUUCGUCUCACUGAGACUAAACCGGAGAUUGAGGUGUUGACGAUAUCAUCGUCAGCCCCCAAGGAACUCGAGUCGCCAGAUUCUGGAUAUGUGGAUGUCGAUCAGAUUGGCGGUAGCCCACCUCGAACAACUCAUGUGCCUGGAAAGUCUUCAGCAGAGGAGUUGACAUUGGCAUCUGUAGUUCCCAUCAUGCAUGAAAUCAUCUCCUUGGAUACGACCCCUGAAACAGAAGCCGUACCUCGACGUGUCCUUGGUACUCGCGACCCAAAUACCAAUAUCACAAAACAGCUAGUCGAUCCCGAGAGCACGAAGCCGGACAGUCUCUCAAAGGAAAACAUCGCCGAACCACAUGUGGUCUAUGUAGAUCCUCCAGAGAAGCGAUCGGUUGGUCAUCUACGAGCAACGACAGGCAUUGCGGCUCCAACAAGAUCGCCUAUCGUCCCCAAACGGAUAGUGAGCGUCUCUCCAGCUUUGUCAGCACGAGAAGAGGCUAGAGAGAGAUUUAUUGCCGCCAGCCCGACUCGGAACUCUCUUCGUCCUUCGCAAGCAAGACCGCGAGACAUGGCUCACAGCCCUAUUCUGAUAUCACAAGUCAAACCGAAGGGUAAGCUUCUGAAGAUUGGAUCUGCUUCCAGUCUCGUGUCACCAGCGCCACGCCCACGACGAAAGUCCAUCAGCCCUAGCGGGUCGCCCAUGAUCUCACCUUCCAAAACGAGAGGACGACCUCCAAAAAUUGGACCUGCUUCCAAUCCCGCCUCACCAGCACGACCAAGAGGUCGACCUCGAAAAUCAUCAGUUGUCGAACCCUCAUCUGAUUACCUCGAUAUUGACGCUAUAUCAGAUGUCGAGAUACCGUCUCACGCACCCUCUCCUCCAAGACGUCUGCCCACCUCUCCACCCAAAGCCACACUAGACUUUGACAGACCGCCUCCACCACCUUUACCGGCUAUCGCAACCUCGACCGCGCGAUGCAGUGCUAAACAGCUUUCGGCAGAAUUUGCUAGUCUUGCGCCAACACUGUUUCCAAAGAUAACAAGUACUGUUCGCUCCACGCCACUAAGUCGUGAUCACAAAGCUCCCACUUGGCAUGAGAAAAUUCUUCUUUACGAUCCUAUUGUGCUUGAGGACUUGACAGCGUGGCUCAACAGCCAAGGCGUGCGGUUAGAAGUUUCAGUGCCACGGCCGGUCAAGGGGAAAGGGAAGAAGAAAGCUGGCGAGGUAGAUGAUGCAGAAGGUGUGAUGGAUUUGGUGCAAGAAGAGUUGCAACCUUGGAUGGUGCAGAAAUGGUGUGAGGAGCACAGCAUUUGUUGUCUGUGGAAGGAAGGAUUGAGAGGAGGUGUGAGGCAGAAGUAUUGA